GUACGAUGGCUAGAGGAAACAACAAGCGCGGCCGCGGCGGCCCACCGAACGCAGCAAGAGGCGGGAACGCCGGAGGGCGCGGUACGCCUAGGGGACGCGGCGGGCGAGGCCGCGGGCGCGGGGGGAGGGGAGGCCUGAACAACAGCGGCUAUAUCCCCUUCGACGAGUUUGACCUCCCGAUCCCGCUGUAUGACAACUCUCCCCGGGGCGGCUUCGCGGGGCGGGCGCGCGGGAAUCUGAGGGGGAGGGGGAGCGGUGCGUCCAGCGGACGUGGAACGCCGAGGGGUAUCUCGACGCCUAGAGGAAGUGCACCUCCCCGACCCGAGUACGCUAGCCCGAUGCGCGGGAAUGCGCCAUCGACACCAACGAGAGGGGGCAUGGGGGCGCGCAAUCGCCGCGGUGGGAAGAUGGGGUCGUACAAUGCGCCGCUGUCGAGUCUCCUCUACGAUGAACGACCGCUUCUGCGGCCCAUUGUGUUCGUGCGCUCGACGCUCACGGCGACCCUGUUCCAGGAGGAGGAGGAGAUCUUCGAGCCUGGAGUGGAGGAGAUCGACGACGCCGAGAAGAGCCACGUCCCCACGGCGGAUCGCGUUAACCAGGUCUUCCACAUCAAGGACGAGGACGAUGAGGACAACUCUGCUACUCGUGCAGAUGAUGGACAAGAGGAGGAGGAACUCGAAGAGAUUGACUUCGCCGACAUCGGCAAGUUCCAAGAGCGAGUCGACGCAGGCGCGAUCGCGAUGUCCUCCGUAAAGGAGGUGGAGGAGCGGUUCACGGGGAUCCAUCUUGGCAAGGGCGUUCAAGAGAUGGAGGCCACGGUCACAACUACGACUACGACGGCUAUGGAGGCGAAUGUGAACAUGACAGAGGAGGCAGCGAAGGACAUAACAGAGGAGGCUGCGACGGACAUGAUCGUAGAAGCGGAGCAUGUCUCGCACAGGGAGCAUGCGAGGGAGAGGGAGAUGGACGUGGACGCGGGGUCCACUGCGCAAGCAUCACGCGAGGAGAAGGAGUCCGAGGAGCCGCCUCAUGGACAGGAGAAGCAGACCGACGAUGACGCGACGCGGGCCAAUGAGCACGAGAAGCAUGUCGAGGAGGAGACGACGGCUACGCACCUCGAAGGGAUGCCGCAGCUUGAAGAGACCCGUCAGGUCGAGGUUGAGGUCGUCGAGACGACUACGAAGGUCGAGGUGGUGACCGCACCGGCUUCUGAACCAUCUUGCCCCACCGAUCCAACGCCUGCAUCUGCAGUUACGCGCGAGGUCGCACGAGAAGCCCCGCUCGAAGCUGACCAGGAGGAGCCGCACGAAGUCGGGCAAGAAGAGGCACGCGAAGUCGCGCCGGAGGAGCACACAUUCGUCACGGAUGCGACACCUACUCUCGUCACCGAAAUGGCACCAGUGCCUGCGGUCGGGGACCCGGCGGCCAUGGAUUCUACUGCAACGUCUACCGAGGAGCACCCUAUGUUCUUCGUCGACACUACCCCUGCACCUGUCGAUGCCUCAUCUACACCCUCGAUCGAGGCGCCCGCGCAUGCAGCUGAAGAGUCUGAUAUUACGGCCGAUGUGCCUGCGCCUACGGAGGAGCAAGCACCGUUCUUCAUCGACACCACCCCGUCCAUGAUAGACGCACCUACCACUGUCCCCAGCCGCAUUGCCCAACUCACUCGCGAGCUACAAGCUGAAGACGAGGUCAUCGUCUACGUCGCGCCGCAUCCGCGCUCUACACGCGCCACGCCGGCCCCUGCGCCCCCGCCGAUGACCUCCAUGCUCACCGGGACUACGAGGACGGUCGACGCCGCAACGCUACCCACAGCAUGGGCGUCCACACCAGCACCGGCUGCUGCCACCGUCAGUCCUCCCGCACCCGAAACUUUCGCAUCCGCCCCACAGCCGUCCACCUCUCAAGCCGGCCCCUCCUUCUCCUUCUCCCGCUCCGGCACCCGCCAGCCGCGCCACGCACCCGCCGUGACGCCCAACGGCCGCGCGCGCUCGCGCAUCCGCGAGCGGCAGAAGAACAAGAAGCGGCGGCCCAAGGGCGAGUGGGGCGCGCUCGGCUUCGGCGCCUUUGGCGCGAUGCACGAGGAGGAGCUGUGGGCGCCGGACCCGCGGUAUGCGGAGCGCAGGAGGGGAGACUCGGACCUGGAGUGGGGGACGGACGAUGAGGAGAGUCAAGGUGCGACGGGUGUCGCGGAGGGCAUGGAGGUCGACGCGGACUUGGUUGCGGAUGAGGGCGCGAUGAGGCGCUUUGUGCGGUCGAUGGGGGUGGAGGGGCAGCGGCAUGUGACGAUGGAUGAUAUCCGGGAUGGCGAGAUACUGAAGGCGGAGGAUGAAGACGACGAUGAAAGGGGUCCGGAGAGCGAAAGUAGCGACGAGGAUGACGACGAAGAGGAAGACCUGUCCGCCGACCUGGAGGCGAUCCUGCAUCAAGAGGAGGUCGAGAUGAUGGGCGAGUCCGACGACGAUGAGGACAGCGACGAUAGCGACGAGGUGGGCGACACGCCGCAGACGAGCUUCCGCAAGCGGCUGGAGCGCAUACGCGCGGCGAAGGGGAAGCAGCGGGCAAGUGCGCCGGAGGUUGUUGGCGACUCGGACGACGAUAUGGAGAUGGACAUCGGCUGGGAGGUGGACGACUACGAGGCGAUGGGUUGUUCGAAUGCAGAUGCGGACGAGGCGUUCUUGGAUCAUGUUGAUAAGCUCCUGGCGGAGAACAAGCACAUGUUGAAGGGCAAGGGCAAGAAGCGACACGACAAGCUCUUCAACAACAUCCUCAAUGGCUCGUUCGAUAUGGAGGACAGCCUCGACGACCUCGCCCAGUUCAACAAGUUCACGUCGUCCCAGCGCAAGAAGGAGAAGUACGAGAGUCUUCCUGCCGAGUUACAAGAACAAUGGGAGAGGGAUCGCGCAAAGAAGGCCGCGAACAAGCGCGCACGCCAACUCGCCCGCAUGCAAGUCGCCGCCGACCCCCUCGCGCCGAAGAAAGGCGGCAAGAAGAUGAAGAAGGCUAUUGCCGCCGCGGCGCGCCAGAUCGAAUCAUCCUACGGCCGGGGUGCCAUGGCGUACUCCGACGACGAGGACCUCCCGGGCACCAUCCACGUCAUUCCCAACCGUGUUAUCGACAUGAGUACCCUCGUCAUGGAGAUCCGCCGCUUCAUCGCGGACAUAGGGCGCGUGAGCAUGGCGCUGCCGCCCGCGAACAAGGAGACGCGGAAGAAGGUGCACGAGCUGGCGAACGCAUUCGGGCUGAAGAGCGAAAGUAAGGGAAAGGGCGAGGCGCGGUACACGACGCUGAGGCGGACGAGUCGGACGGGGUACACGGUGGACGAGCGGAAGAUUGGGCGGAUCGUGAGAGGGGCCGGCGGGCAUGGGGGAAUGUUUGGCUCGUCGUCAUUUGGUGGGGACAGGGAGAAGGGGAAAAGGGGGAAGGGUGGGGGUGCUCCCGUACGCGUGCCGAGGCACCGAGAGGGAGAGGAGGUGGGCGGGACCGCUCCCAAAAUUGGCGAGUCCAAUGUCGGCUUCAAAAUGUUGGCGAUGAUGGGGUGGCAGGAUGGCCAAAGGAUUGGUGUGUCUGGCGGAUUGGACGCGCCGAUCGCGGCCAUCAUGAAGACGACGAAGCUGGGUCUCGGGGCAACAAACUAGGAUUUAUCCCAUCUGUAUCCAUACUAGAUAUCGUGUGCGAGCACGCACGUCGUGUGUACUGCCAUCUUCUGCAAUUAAUAGAGCUCGCUUCCGUUGCCUCACCACAGGAUUACUGCGACGCCUCUUCAGCCCGCUUGCGAGGGUAGCUAGAGAAAUUCCACAAUGUUGUAAACGCGUUUCCGCGUAUAUUGAUCGCCGAAUGGGAGGGGGGCAGGCGGCG